CCAUAAACAAGUUCAGUAUUGACAGUGACCGUAUCGAAACAUGCGUCAAAGACUUAAUUUCCUCUUAAAUUACCCGUUUAUUCCAAUAAAUGUCUGUGUACAACUCCAAACGCUAGCGUUCUCGAAGUCAUUAAACUGUUGACCAAAGUGAUGGCUCUAUUAUCAUCACAAAGGAUUAAGUGAUCAAACUACCAGCAAAUUACAUCACUUCAAAGUCAUCCCAUCCCCAGGUUCUAUUGUUUGAGUUUAGGCUUCUGAAUGUUAUACCAAAGACAAAAGAGGUGUAACUUUGCCCCCCUGAUUAGGAGCGGAGGGUUAAAUAGAGUUAGACCGACCGGGUUGGGUCAUAAUAUAUCAAAUUUUAGUAAAAUGCGGAAGGAACUUUUUUGCUUGGUCGCGGUGCUGGCCGUGGCGUGGUCGAAGCCCACAGAGACGCAAUGCGACGUCAACGAGGUCCACGCCGUUUUGGGCACACCGCGGAUGGUUGAGGAGAGCUCAAAUUCCCCAAUGAUUCCCGACUUUGAUCUUUCAAUAAGUGACGUCGACGAGGGAUUCCUACCAGAGAUCGAAUAUGCAGUCAAUCUUAAAAGCAACCCCGACCUCUUUGAGGAGUUCGUGGUCACUGCACACAACCUCGAUCCCGACUGCGUCCACGGUACGAUGAUCGACAAAUACGACAUCGGAACGCCAGAUGAAGACUGCCCUCAUGUGAUCAGAAACGCAAUAGUUACGGACAUGCGCAGAGUGUCAUUUAGCUGGAAGGCGCCCCAGUGCGGCUGUGUAACUUUAAGAGCUACGGUCAAGUCAGGUGAUCACGUGUAUUCUGAUUCUUCAUCGGAGAAGGGCGCCCUCACGACAGAAGUUUGUUUGCUUGGAAUGAUCAAGUCAGAUGAAGAAGAGGAGAUGGGGGAGGAUGAAUCAAUGGAGGAAGAGCCAUUAUAUGACGAUGAACUAUAUGGGAAUAUUGAACGACUAUGUGAAGAGGGAAAUUUCAGAGGACCUGUUCUCCCUUCAGUCAUUACUGAGUGCUGUCAGCUACCCGUGCAUCAACGGAGAAUGUGCCUGGUACGACUCAUCCCCGGCGAGGAAAAUGACAUGCACAGGUUGGAUACCUUCUGUUCCAAGAUGGCAGGGAAUUUCUUCGAGGGUCACCCGGUCCUGGCCACCGCAGAGGGCGUUCGACGAUGCUGCGAACUGACUAGCGAUUCCGAUCGCAUGCUUUGCCUGAGCGAGGAGAAAAGGACGCACUAUGACGAAAUCUGUGGUUUGAGUGUGACAAGGGUAAACGGCACAAUGGAUCGUUUGCCGGGUCGUAACUGUUGUAGACUUCAGGGUGAUCUCAGGUACAAUUGCAUGGAGAAAAAGGCGCUGAGGGAAAACCAAAAGAGACGACUGGAAGAGAAGCGCACCCUGAAGCGCAAAAUGGAGAAAGUCAAACGUCUUUGCAAUGCUGUUGAUAAAACACCAGAAGGUGACAGGGACGUUGAGGAUUACCAGACCUGCUGCAUGGUAGAUGACGUGGACGACGCUCUUGCUUGCUUCAGAGAAACAGAAAGGAACAACUUCGAUAGUUUAUGCAAGAAGCAAGCUUCACGAUUCGAAAACGGCAAGAAGGAAAGGGUUCAUCCAUGCUGCAGUUCGGAAGAUGAAGCAAGGUAUGAAUGCUUCCUGGUCAAACGAUCCACCAACCAGCAAAUGAAAAAUAACUCCACAAGAAGACCUGAAGCGAACACACAAAGCCGAGGUUCAUGGAUGCAGAGAAUGUGCACUAAACUUCGAAAAGAAGGUGCCGACGAAACGCUAAUCACCUGUUGUAAACAAUCAACAUUUCUCGAUAAGAAAAGAUGCAUGGAUAAGAGACAAAAUGCUGUUUUAGCACAAAUUUGCAACAACACUAACGUUGACGUAUCAUACGUUAUUGUUGAGGGAGAGAACUUCAACGCCGCCAAGACUAACCUUCAUCCCGAACACGAGUGCUGUAUGCUUGGUGGAGAAGAGCGGAUCUCUUGCAUCAGAACAAUGAGGAUUUCCCUUUCGAAGCUUAGACGCCAGAAAGCACCCGAAAAGUCUGUUCAGGAUGAGGCACCACGCGAAAAAAAGGGUCAACGUUGGAUGAAAGAAGAAAUCCGACAGAACGAGGCCAUUUGCACUGCUGUGAGGGAAGAUGUUGAUUUGAUAGACGAGCAGGUAGUCCGUUGCUGCGAGGAAGACGGGGAAGGUCAAAGAGAAUGUUUAGCUGCGCUCCGUAGGAACCACUUUACGGCGGUCUGCAACACUGAUGAGCUUUUCCAGAUAGACAUUUUUAAUACCAUUGUGCGUACAGAAGACCCGAUCAAUGCAGAGCACAGGUGCUGCAUGAGACAGAAUGCCGACAUCAGAGCCGCCUGCUUCUCACGAGUAGAUAGGCAGGUUGCUAUGCUCUCGUUCAGUCCCCCGAUCAUUGAAAAAGUCCAAAACAUAAGGGAAGAUCUUCUCGAUAUUGCAGAGGUUAACAGACUAACCAAUGUCUGUGACGAACUGAAAACGGCGCCAUCGUCAGAACUUAGGGGGCGGUGGCCGAUGAAGAAGUGUUGUCGAUUCAAGAACGACCGGAAGUUUCCUUGUAUCAGGGAUACCGCGAAACGACUAGCUGAUCAAUCAUGCGAUGGCCCUCCUCCUAGAGUGUACUUCCCCGUAGGGUUCUACGGAGAAUAUAUUCCUGAUGAUUUCGAAGGUCCUUUUCUUGAUCCUUCACACCCAUGUUGCUCUCUGGCCGGUGACAUGCGACAUGAAUGCAUCAAGGAAAAUAGCAUGGCUGUUCUUGGAUUGAGAAUACCAAUCACCCAGGCCAUGCCUAUGGUGGAGUUUUUCAAAGAAAUGCCACCUGAGAUGCGUUUUGAUAUCGAUCAUCAAAAUGCCAUAUGCCAGGCUGCAGAAGAUUUCAAAAUCCUCUAUGCUGAUCCUGAAGCCAAUCUUGAUGUAGAUCUCAACCAACUCACGGGAAUCCAGGCUGAAUUACAAGAACUUCAAGACCUCUUGGCAGAAGAAAUAAUGGAUGAAGAAGAGGAUGAAGACGAUGAACAUGGAAUGCAUGGAGACAUGAUGCAGGAGUUGAUGGAACAGAAUGAAGAAGAAGAAGAGGAGGAUGAGGAAGAGGAAGAAGAAGAUCGGAGACGGAAAAGAAGGCAUUCUGAUAAGUAUAGGAGACCUACGGCCAAGAAGGUGCGCCAGUCUUAUGGGAGAACUAUUUAUGAGGUCGACAGUCUGGUUCAUUGCUGCGAAGAAAAUUCUGUAACACAAGCAAGUUCUUGCAUGACCAACGCGUGGUUGCAACUGUUGAAUGAUGCGUGUUUUGCCCUUCCUGAUAAUUCCCAAGGUUCCUCUGCGGGGUCCGUUGGUCUAGAUUCUGUUUCAGAAAGUGCACAACCUAGUAAUAAUGUGCGCGCCCCAGCACCAAUCAAAUUUGGCGGGCGAGGAGACAUUGAAACAAGUAUGUCAAUUACGGACUCUACAAUGGAAUCAAAUACUGAUGAAGAAAACUUCAGAAAGUGUUGCGGUCUCUAUGGGGAUGCUCAACUCGAAUGCUUUCAAAUUCACUUUAGCCCUGACGCCCCAAGUUCGCAAAUAGAAAAUGAAGGAUCUUCAAAUCCAUCAACAGGGGAUAGUCCAUCAGUAGGGAUUUUAUCAGAGAGUGAAGGGUCUGAAAGUGAAGGUUCGGAGGGAGAAGAAUCAGAAGGAGAGGAGGAUGAAGAAGGAGAAGAAUUUGAAUCAGGAGGGGAAGAUAACGACAGUUUACAAGGAGCAGAAGAGCCACAAGAACAGACAGGAAAUGAAAUGAUGGAGACCGAUUUUGAAGAAGAGGAGGAGGAAGAAGAAGGGGAGGAAGAAGAAGAAGAGGAAGAAGAAGACAUGGAAGGAUCGGUACCACAGGGGGUGAUGGAAAACGAGGGGGAGCAAUCUGAAUCAAACGUCCAAGAUUUUGAAGAAGGCGACAGCUCUGAAUCUUCACAAGGAGAAGAAGAGCCACAAGAACAGACAGGAAAUGAAAUGAUGGAGACCGAUUUUGAAGAAGAGGAGGAGGAAGAAGAAGAAGGGGAGGAAGAAGAAGAAGACAUGGAAGGAUCGGUACCACAGGGGGUGAUGGAAAACGAGGGGGAGCAAUCUGAAUCAAACGUCCAAGAAUUUGAAGAAGGCGACGACUCUGAAUCUUCACAAGGAGAAGAAGAAGAAGAAGUACCGGAGGAAGACUCGAUGCCAGCGCUACUGGUGGAUGGUGGUUCUGAAGGUGUUUCUGAAUCAGAAUCAUCUGACGGAUCGGAAGAUGAAGAAGCCAACGAAGACACAGGGGGAGGAUGGUGGGGUGGCUGGUGGACCGGGGACAAUAACCCACAAGAGCAAGAACAAUUAGAAGAAGAAAAUGAAGAUAUGGAAGGAUCAGUUCCACAGGAAGUGAUGGAAGUCCAGGAAGAGCAAUCCGAAUCAAACGUCCCAGAAUCUGAAGGAGAACAAUCUGAAUCUUCACAGGGAGAAGAAGAAGAGGAGGAAGAAGAGGAAGAUUCGGUGCCAGUGCAACUGGAAGAAACUGAUCGUGAAGGGGAGGGAUCACCGUCAGAGGAAGAUAGUGGUUAUGAAUCAGAGUCAUCUGACGGAUCGGAAUCAGAGUCAUCUGACGGAUCGAAAUCAGAGUCAUCUGACGGAUCGGAAUCAGAAUCAUCUGACGGAUCGGAAUCAGAGUCAUCUGACGGAUCGGAAUCAGAGUCAUCUGACGGAUCGGAAUCAGAAUCAUCUGACGGAUCGGAAUCAGAGUCAUCUGACGGAUCGGAAUCAGAGUCAUCUGACGGAUCGGAAUCAGAAUCAUCUGACGGAUCGGAAUCAGAAUCAUCUGACGGAUCGGAAUCAGAGUCAUCUGACGGAUCGGAAGAUGCAGAAGAAAUCGAUGUAAAAGCUAACGAAGACACAGGGGGAUGGUGGGGCGGCUGGUGGUCCGGAAACAAGAAACCCCAAGAGCAAGAACAAUUAGAAGAACCAGAAGAAGAUCGGAGAAAAAAAAGGGAUAUUUGGAGUUGGAUGCUGCUGGAUGGAGAAGAAUCAGAACAGAUGGAAAGCGAAGGGCAGGAAUCUGAAGGUCAAGAAUCUGAGGGCAAUGCUGAACCACAAGAACAAAAUGCUGACGCAGAAGAGGAAGAAGAAGAAGAAGAGGAGGAGGACGAAGAAGACGAGGAUUCUAGGCGAAAGAGGAGCGCUUGGAAUUUUAUGGAUGGUGAAGAGUCAGAAGGACAGGAUGGAGAACACGGUGCCCAAGAACAAGUAGAGAGUGAAGGACAGGAGUCUGAAGCAGAACAGGAUGGAGGAUGGUGGUGGAAUUGGUGGACAGACAACAAUGAACCACAGACACAAGAACAACAAGGUGAAACAGAAGAAGAGGAUGAUGAGGAAGACGAAGAUUCAAGAAGACGGAGGGAGAUUAUGAGUGACAUGGGAUUCCCGAGAGGUGAGUACAAGCAAAGGAAGACUUGGCUAGGAAACAAUCACCUAGAAACGGCCAUGCACAACACCCUAGGUAGCUCCAAAAGAAACCGACACGGAAGUAAGCUUGGGAAGCUGUUUCUUCUGAAACUUCUGUUCAAGAAUGAGAUGGUUGAGGGCCUUUGUCCUGCUGUUGAGGCUGCGGAUGAUAUUCAUAACCUCAUUAGUAGACUUUCCGAUCUAAUUGAACCGGAGGUCAGUGUGGAAAGGAGGGAGCGGUUUCGAGGAAGCAAUGCCAUUCUUCAGGAACUUAAGGCAUGUUGCGCCCUCAACGUCACAGAAGAGAAGGUAGAAUGCAUCUCUGGAAUGACACAAUCUAUCGUAGAUGGGAUAUGCGACAUUCAGGAGAAAGGAUUCAGACCACGCCCAGAUACAUGGGGAAAGAAAAAUAUGCCCCCUGAAUGCUGCAAUGUGACGGACGGCGAACGAUAUUCCUGCGCCAGAGAGUAUCUAGUCCCUACAGAUGAGCUGCAGGUAAUGAUUGACGAAGCCGAGAGCGAAACAAAACCCGCUGGUAUACUCCAAGCUAUUGGAAACGCUCUCGGCAGGGUUCUAAAUCUUGAUGAGGAUGAAACUAGCAGUGAGAUCGAUGAUCACGAGACAGCUGCCACCAAUACGACGUCGGUCGAGAUCUCGCCAUGGGAUAACGUGCGAGUUAAAAUGAUGUCGAAGAUGUGCUGCCAAGUCGGUAGCUUGACGGGCGCCCUCUUGGGUGAAAGUGGAGCAGUUACGUGUGAAAGUGGAGCAGAAGUUUACUCCCAAAUUGUUGAAGAAUCGAUGAAAAGCAAAUGCAUUGCUGCUUAUACCAAGUGCUGUAGUAGCCGGCCUGCCUAAUAAAACAGUCACAGUGAAGUAGCAAAAUUAAAAAUGUGAAUUUCAUAAAAGUUACUUUUUCGAGAUGUUCAAGUAUUUGUUUUUAAAAGUAUUCACAAUAACUGAUUAAAGUAUGGAAAAUCGCAUGACAUCACAUGUUAGUGGCUUUCUAAAACGGCUCAAUUUAGUCUUAUUUCACUGGAGUAAAAUUUGACUCGAAAUGGGGUCAGCCUGGAAUCAACUAGUUUCCUAGUCAAAAUGACUCUGCUUUGAGAUUAUCUCAGACAUUCAGAUAAUUAAAUCAACUAAAAUUUCCUAUUUUCUGAAUCGACGUAACUGGAGGAACUAUUCGCUUUGACUAGUUUAGUGAUGACUGUCAUCCAAAGUGAGUUAAAUCGACUAAGCAGAAAAAAGUCGCAGUGAUUAAUUCUAAACUUCACUCAUGGUUGUAAAGAAAAUUAUUUUUAAAAAGAGGAAGAAGAAGAAGAAGACGGGGGAAAAUAAGAAGGAGGAGGAGGGGGAGGGGGAGGAGGAGAAUAAUAAGAAGAAUGAAAAUAAUAUAAAUAUAGAUUACUCACCAGUAAGUAAAUAUAGACCAUUAUAAUGUUUAAAGUGUAACAGAGUUUUAGUCGUGGUCAUAUUUGAAAAGAAGAAAAAAAAAGAAAGAGAUCACAAUCGUCCAUUUCUUUGAAAUCUAUUUCUUUGAAGAGAUGCUUUUGUGGCUUCAAAAAAAAACACCCACUAGUGAGGUUGAUAUAGUCUCGUGUAGUUAAAGUGAAUGAUGAUCAUUCCUUUUGUCAAUAUUAAAACAUAGCGCUUUUUUUAUCGGAAAUAUGAUUGAAUAUUGACCCAGAUACCUAAAGAGUUACAAUAAAGGAGAAUAACUGUUCAUUAUGCGAAAUAUAUAUCGUCUAAUUGUGUUUAAGGUACUGUCAUAGAAUAUUGAAUGGAGCUAUCUUGCUAUACCAUAUAAUCCAUAUAUACAAAUAACAAUGUAUACAUUUCUAUAUGGAUUUCAUAAUUAAAACAGUCGUUACGUGUACGAUUUUUUUAUUAAAAUUAAGAACAUGA